AAGGCCUAAGCACCCAUUGGGUACCGUGGGGCUAUAGGGGGAUACACGGACUCUGGCGAGGGAACACGUGUGCAUGCAACAUGCACACAUUCUGGCUCCGCCUACGAGAUCCGCCGGGUGGUACCUCCGCGUUCGACAGUCAGAGACCGUCUACCACCUACGGAUAAUCACAACAUCCAUAGCCAAGAGAAAAAUUUCUCCUGGGACGGGACUCGAACCCGCACAGUGCACGGCGACCGAAGAGUCUACUACUGCGGCCACCGCUGCUGCCUGCAGGUGUAGAAGGACCAAUGAUUAAAUUAGUUUCUUUUGACGAU